CUUGCACCAAGGUUUGCUUGCACACAAUAACUUGCCAGCACUAAAUUGUCUAAGUUCAAAGCCACGUUAACACAUCUUUUAUGCUCCUUUACGAUGUGCUAAAAUGCUUCAGUCUUUAUCUUUAUAUUCUGUCGUCUCAUUUAAAUUUUGAUCCGGAGUCUUGUGGGUGCUUUUUUGAUUGCUCUUCGAAUUACUUCCGUAAUGGAAGGUUACUAGUCAAGAGGCCCUCUCACACAGGUAAUUUUACAUUGUUGAAAUUGAACAAUUUUCUAUGUACUCCUUAAUCUUGCUUUCCCAUUUUUUCCCCUUUAAUCUCCAUUAAAUUUUAGUUUCAGGGUUUUGUUUAUGUUUAUUUUACCCACAGUUUUAUCCAAACAAUGCCAACAAGAUCGCUUUGGUUCUUUCUGGUUCUUCUGCUUGUUAUUUCGGAUCAAGCUCAAGGCUGGAGGAGACGUCGCAGGCGACGCUGCCCCGUUACAAAUUGUGUGGUGAGUGGCUGGUCCCAUUGGAGUGGCUGUAACCAAGGCUGCGGAUCGACUGGAGGCCAAUGGCGAACACGUUAUGUAGUUCGGGGGGCCACCUGCGGUGGAUCAUGUCCUUAUUCACUCAGUCAAUAUCAAGCGUGUAGUGCGUGGUGCUACAAUGGUGGAACUCCCCAAGGAGGAGUGUGUAGUUGCAAAAGUGGUAACAGUGGAAAGUGCUGUCAAGGAGGUAAACAUUAUUUUAAAAGGUUCGAGAUCGAGCGAAAAAUACUUUAAUCCUUUAAGCCCUAAGACUGAUCAGCAUCAAAUCUCUCCUUGUAAUAUAUCAAUGCUUCAUAAAACAGGGUGGUCAUGAGAAUUACGGACGUGAUCACACAAGAUGAAUUUACUUGAUAUUUUAUCAACUUCUCCCCACUUCUUUUGUAGGAAAUUAAUGGGGGCAGCAAAUGAGAACUCAAAUUUUGAUGUCAGGGUUUAAAUCGUUAACGUCACCUUGAAGCUCUAAGCAAAAGUCACUUAUAAAGUCCUAGUUCUUUGUUAGGUCUCUUUUUAACUCUAACGCAAACUUUUACUACAAAAUAGGGUUAAGAUACCGUUAGAGUUCGCUGAAGUAAUAUCCUGGGAAACAAGAAUUUGAGAGCGCUGGAAAGGGAUAGGCUGAUAGGCCAUCCAACUGUUCUUGCCUUUUUUUGUUGUUGCUGCUUGUUUGAUAGUUUUUCUUGUCAAGUUCGUUUUUCGAUCAUUCGUCCGUUUUAUUUUAAUUUUAAAGUUAACGGUGGUUGGUCUAGUUGGGAUUCAUGGAGCAAUUGCAGCCAAAGCUGUGGAACUGGUUAUCAAGAACGUAAUCGGACUUGCACAAAUCCAAUUCCUAAAAACGGUGGAACACCUUGUGUAGGGUUAUCUCGUCAAUCUCAAAUAUGCAACACGCACGUUUGCCCAGGUGAGGAAUACUUUUAAUUGUUAUUGAAAUUUUAGUUCAUGUGUGUUUAAGUUUACCCUUUAAGAGAAAAAACUCAGCUACGAACAAGAAAGGGAAAGGAAAUUUCCGAAGCGCCCGUCGCUGCAAAACUGAAAUAGUUUUAUCUAAGAACAGAAUUCUGUUCAUUAUCUUCUUUUGUCAGUUUAAUCUUGUAAGAAUGAAGGGAUUUAUUCGCAAUCGAUUGCCGAAAGAAAAAAAAAAAUGGCUGUCGACUGUCUUGAACAAUGAUGCUCUGUGCCCACUAAUGUUUAGUUCCUUUUCACACUUUCUUUGUUAGUGUUUGUUUUUAGAGUAUAAUUAAUUGAAGCGAUCACGAUAUAGGUUUACGGGCUCUUAUUCGCUGAAACUGCUGAUAUCCGCCCAAUAAUCAAUCUCAAGUUGACUAUAGCGAAGCUUAUACCGAUUUGCAGCAAACUAGGUAAGGUUGGAAACUAGGGUUUCUGAAAAAGAAAAGAACACAUUGGGAAAAAAUCAAUUUCGAGUAACUCUUAAGCACUUCACUCUAUUAUUAUGGAGAUAACCGAUAUAUAUUUCAAUGAUAAGCACGGACCCUGGUUAUAGUGAGGAUUAUAAUCAUACUAACAAUUUAAUUAUACUAAAGUACGUUAUUCAUCUAACAAAAACUCGACUAAUAUUGUAGGCCUUUACCUCUUUCCUGCUCUGUAGUGAACGGUGGAUGGUCAAGUUGGGGUAAUUGGACUUCCUGCAGUAAAUCCUGCGGAAGUGGGUCUCAGCAACGUUCCAGGAGCUGUACAAACCCAGCUCCAAGCUUUGGUGGUAAAAGCUGUCAGGGGGAAUCAGAAGAAAGAUACAUCUGCAACACUCAGCCCUGUCCCGGUGAGAAAUACUGUAUGUUAAGGAUUGCGUUGCUUUUUGUGGGCAGUGAUAGUGAAUAGCAAUGCAUGAUAGUUCGAUUUGUUUCCGAAAGAAGACGUUAAACAUCAUUUAAUCUGAAUCCAAACCGCCAUCGUUAAUUAUUUCAUUUCUUCGGGUCUAUCUCUUAUAACAAGACACUGCUUGGACAUUAGAAACGAAAUGAGGAGGAGAUAAAUUCUUAAGGAUUUGAGGGGGCGUAGGUUACGUAGUAACUAUUGACUGCCUUAUGGCUAAGUGAGACUAUUAAACAACUUAAACUGGAAAAAGGUUAUAACCUUACAGUUUAUAAAUCUAAAGUAAAAAUUCCCAAUGAUGUCUAGGCAAUAAUGCUGUAAUAUCUUCCACAAUCAAAGGCAUUGCCACCAUCUAGGCAAAGAUCGAGACCUUGCAAAUCUACGACACCAAGGAAACAUCAAUGAAGAAGUCAGUAUAAUAAAUAGGAAAAAAAACACUUUCCCCAAAGUACAGUACUUCGGUAAUAAAUAGACUUGUUCAAUUUGUACACUAGAAGUUUCCAUUGGACAUGAAGUGCUGUGCAAGUAGAGUGCUGAAAUCAUUGAUAUCUCAAGUACAGGUUAUAAAAUGUAACGCGAAUCACAUCUUACCAACUGCAAACAAUCUAGCAAUUAAACACAUACAACAGAGUAAAUAUGCAAUAUCGAAUCUAUUUAACCGUAGUGUUCCAGUAAUUGCGUCAAUAUUCUGAGAAACCUAACGCCUCAGCCAUCACCGCUAUAACAUUUUUAUGUCCUACUUUAUCGACGGUCGAGUAUUGUUCAGCAUAUUUACCUUUCAAUACGCGCGUAUAAUUACCCGAAAAUCAAGGGCCUCAAUUCGGGGAAAAUUACAUUAAUGCCAGAUCAACUUAGAUUGAAAAACAGAAAAUCGUUUUAGCGUAGCGCAGGAGUCUCACGCGCCCGUAGGACGUGUGAAGCGAGAGAAAAAAUGAACCGACUCAUCGUUUUCCGUAAUGACUUCUUCCCGUUCGUGGUGUAUUUACAUUGUAGACAUUACGUUUCUCAGAAUAUUGACGCACUAACUUCAACAAUUUUCAAAGAAGCAGUACAAGCGCGUAAAAGCUCGACUUGAUGUUGCACACGUAUUUACCAGAUACAAAUCUCCAAGACGGUAUUAAAAGGUCUUGCAAAAUAACUUUAUUGUAAUACUUUCUGGCUUUCAUUGUCUGCAACCUGAUUGUGUGCUGUUUGAGCGGUCUAAAUAACGCCCAACACUUACCGUGAUAAAAUAAUUAUUAAUUAUGACUGAUUAUAUCAGUCAUUUUUUUUAAUUACUUCCACUCUAACCUGAAUUUCACGCAAAAUCAUUUUUGCACGCGACAUCGAAACCCGCACCCGCGUCAAUCAAAUCGUACCCGCGACUUUCAAUCCACACCCGCGACAUACAACCCGCCACCCGUGAUCCACGACCAUUAGUUAACCUCUCAAACAAUGAAUGCAUUUUCCUUUGCUUUCUUUCUUUCUCUCUUUCUUCCAAUUUUUUUUUUUUAGCACGAUGUUCAUCGCUAAAGGCGCCACAGUUCGGGUUUGUUUACCCUCAUUUUUGCUCCUCACAUCCGAUCAGUGGAACUGUUUGUAACUUGGGUUGUAAGCACGGAUUUAAAAGAAUUGGUGGCGUUGAUGAAAUGACAUGUGGAAAGGAUGGAAAAUGGAACAAAAACGGAUCUUCAGUUAUGAAGUGCUUAGGUAUGUCUGGUUAAAGACAUAAUACGGUAUAACAUCAUACAGUAUAAGGAUUAACAAUAAUUGCCCCCGCAGGGAUUUCGCCCUGAAGUCGAAAUUCGGAGGAGGCACUGACUAGUAACUCGCGUGCAUAUAAAGGAAAGUAAUUACAGUUGAAAUAUAGAGUCAGUAUGCCAGGAAAAAAAAAAUCUCGAUUUGCUUGAACAGGGGCCGCGAGGAAUCGGUAGGUAGUGAUGACGUUCUCUAUUUUUCGCGCCCGCAAGUAAGAGAUGGUUAGGUUGACGUAAAACAAAAAAUCCCGAAGGGACUGCAUUGGUAGAUUUUGUGACAUUUAUUGUACGGUCAUACUAAGAUACUCUACUAAGAUACUCUUUAGCCGGUUACAUGUUAUUAGGUGAGAUUCUGUGGAGCAGCUGUUUUGAAAGUGAUGGACCAAAAUUAAAGACACUCGUAAAGCAGAGAUGAAGUUAUAAGCUGUGUAAAACUGUGUGUAUAACGCUUGGAGAGUUCACAAGACACGAGUUCUCAAAUCUUUGAUUGGAAACAAUCUGCAAGACACUCUUUAUCGAUCUCUUUGGGGGAAUAAGAAUCAGUCCCAAACAAGCGAGACGAGUGAAUUAACGGCUAGAUUAUCACUAGCAGAACGAUGGACGAUUACAGAAAUUCACAGACAAUCAAAUUCUGUGCUGACUUAUUCCCUGCUCUCAGAUGUCCUUCAGGGGGUAAAGUUUUAAAAAUGGCUAGAACGCGCGAGCGUGAAUUAAUCAUGAUACGAACCUUUUAAUUUCUAAGGCUUGCUUUCCGUAAAAUAAAAUGAACUGUUUGUAAAAAGAGAAAGAGAAAUACUAGCCAAAAAUUCCAACUUAUAAUUAUAUGAAUCUUUUCUUAUGGUUUAGAAUAAACUUUUCUUGAAACUGGGAAUGUUUUCAGAUGAAAGCUGUGUUAUGGAAUAUGUGUGAAAUCUUUAUUAUGGAUCGGUAUAUUUCAAAGACCUACACAACGACAAAGAAUACUAUUGCCCGACAAUAUACAGAGCGGAGGCAGCUGUUGUGUCAACUAUUACUAGUAAUAAUAAGUGGUGAAAACGAUACUAAAGCAGUGGAUAGAGUUUGUUUUUUCUUUUGCACGUACUUGGCCACUCAAAGAGAGACCCGGAACUCUCGUAAGUUACGAGAAAAAUGGCGAAUUAAUCCCUGCGUUACGUUAUUUAGCUGACAUACUCACAAAUUAGCUUAAACUAAGUUAAAUCAUAGUUUAAAGAAUGGUUUUAAAUACAUAUGUAGUACGAUUAUACGAUAUGUAGUAUGAUUAUGUUAAUGAGUACUUGUUAACUGCAGAUGUUACCCCUCCUGUAUUCUUGAGCUGUCCGUCGGACAUCCCUGUAAGUCCCUCUAAAUCAACAACAGCAAACUGGAAAAUUCCUGUCGCCCAGGACAACAGUAACGAGGAUCCAGAGGUCUCACUAUCUCUCCAGAUCACUCCACCUUACACUUUUACUAAGGACACUGUCAUUGUAUAUACUGCAAAGGAUGCUCGUGGUAACGCAAGAAAUUGUUCUUUUAAGCUUCUAUUAGAAGGUGGGUUGGAAGAUAUCAGUAUGCAUUUUGCAUCUUAUAGUCAGUGGUGCCUUUCUGCCUUAAUGUGUGCUCCUGUUAAGUGAAAUGAAUGCGGGCGUUAGAAAACGUGGAAAGCGGCCUCUUCUCUCCUCCGCAGAAUUUUGAUGGAGUUUUUUUUAUUGGAUUUCAGCUGGGCGAAGCGAACAUUUGCAGACUUGAAAAUCGAAUGAUCCACCUCCACAUUUAGUUUUUCAGCAGAUUAAGUUCUCUCAUACCGUAAAAAGCCUUUAAGACUCUGCCCAGAAGGUGGUGGACAGAAAAACCACAGAAAAUAAAUAUAUAUAAAAUAUAAAGUCUUCCAUUACGCACUUGGUCAUUUUUGUGUCUCGCGCGUUUCGCUCGCCACAGCAAGAAGAAAGAGAGACUGCUCGUAGUCUGGUUUAGGAAGCCGACUGUUAAAAAGUGGAGAAGCAAGACGCGUUCAGAAGUUUUGAUUUAAUAAACACAAUUAACGGAAUAUCGAAAAUAUAAACUAUCACUCGCUUACUUUUAAGGUUCUCAAUUAUUUUCAAGUCGAUGACACUGACGUUGCAGUUUUUAAUGUUUUUUUCCUUCUUCAGUCUUCCUUUUUUUUUUUCCCAGACAAUGAAGGCCCUGAGGUCACGUACUGCCCUCCUGACCAAACCGUAACAGUAUCUACGAGGAAAUCAAUAAUCACAUGGCCCAAUCCACAGUUUCGAGACAACAGUAAUGGUCCUUUAAAAGUCAAAUGCAGUCACCAAAGUGGAACUGCGUUUUAUUGGGGAACUUGGAAAGUGCAGUGCACAGCCCACGAUAGUAAUCCGAAUAAUGAUCCUGCUCUUUGUCAGUUUGUUGUCACGCUCAAACGUAAGUGGUGUGUGACUCUGCUUCUUUUUGCUUAAAACCAAAAGCUCGAUCUUUUCGGCGCUGUUAUACAGUCUCCAGUAUCAGCCAUGUGUAGAAGUGGAUAGCAACAACAACAAAUACAUUUUGUUGAACUUCGGCUGAUAUAAAUCACUACAUAUCUAUUUUUCCACCGGCAAAUAGCCCGAUAGAAACUAAUAGAGGCCGGGGAAGGAAAGGUGCAUUUACAUAACGAGAUUCUAGUAGAUGGAGUAAACAAAAUGAUAACGAGAACACAAUAAUAAUUAAUAACGAUUUAGAAGACAGACUAAUUUAAUGUGUAAAACAACUUUAGGAGACGGAGCUGAGGACUUCAACAUAUUUGUCUUCUGCCUGCAAGAAAUGUAGUAGUAGGUUUGUUGUUUGUUUGUUUGUCUGCUUUCUGAAAAAAAAAAAUCUCUUCAUUGGAUAAGGCGGAGCAGGAUUCCAAAUUUGAGUACCGAUAUAGGCCCCCAAAAUUCUUAUUUAACUGGAAAAGGAAAUACAUGUAGAGAAAAAUAAACCAGAAGGUAAACAAAGAAAGAAACAAACAAACAGCAACAGCAACACAAAAUACAUUCUUUAAUUGCUAACAUUAUUCCUUAGCCAUGCAGGCCAGAAACCAACGCGUUUGUCACUGGUUAUAAACACAGCUUAAAAUACAUGUCAUAAUUUUUCGCUUUCUUAAAAGGUUUACAUUUGGAAUGAUUUUCAUUUAUAUUCUGCUUAGCCAAAGAAUGCCCAGACUUACCUCCUCCCAAAAAUGGAGCAAAGGCUUGUGACGACUGGAAUUUUGGACGAAUGUGCAGUCCAUUAUGUAAUGACCAAUGGGAUUUUAGUCAACGUCUGCCGCCAUACGCAUUUUGGAUCUGUGGCGGAACAGGAAAAUGGUUUCCACGAGCGCGCUGGCCGGACUGCUCAAGUAAGUUUCAGUGAAUCAGGAUAAGAACAAUGGAGUAUGAGUUCACGUAAAUAGCCUACACUUGAUGGGUUACACGAGACUAAAAGGUCUAGUGCAACAGUUGUAUACAACAUUUGCCCGGCGUCUAAACCAAUUUAGGACAUGUUUUAACACUCCUUUUACACUCUUUGAACACUUUGAAACACAAUCUCCUUUUAAGGUCUCAUUUGCUCGGUAUCAAAAAAAAAGUUGAAACAGAUCCCGUCACCUUUAAAACGGGUUUUCUCGACAGGGCUGAAUCACGUACUACGCAUGUUCGUGACAUCACUUGUUUACCCAGCAUAGCGCGAAGCACCAGUGCGAAGUGAAAUUCAUGCAUUUGAGACCAUCUUCGAUCAUCUGUUAAACUCAUAUUGUAAAUGCCAAAGAAGGAGAAAUUCUACGAAUACGUUAGUAAUGCAGCUUAUGGAAAGAAAUGUUACGUAAACCAGGGAUCAAGGAAAAUGUUUUGACUGUCCCGGCGAGGUUUUUUAUUGUUUUGAUCGUCAGUAAGUUUGUAGAAAGAUGACUUAGAAAUUAAGAACGAGCAAUGCUGGAGUUUGGGCGCCUUUUCUCGAUGGUAAGUAAACGAUUUACUUAAACAUUACUUUAUUGUGGUUAAGGAGUAGCAAAUCUUUGUAAUGCAGUCGAGCGAUAAGACUGAGCGAUAACAGUUGUUGACCGUUUCUUGGUUGCACGAAAAUCAAAGCCUGCAGCUUUGAGCGCGACGAUACCAUCACACACAAGAAGUCGUGAAAGUCGUAAACUUAAGUACAAAUCUUAGUGGGAUCAAAGAAACUUUUUCUUACAUAUAGCUUUAGCCGGCUUAGAGGUGCUGGUCGAGCUGUGGAAUUAGUGUUUACUCGGUUAAGUUUGUUAAAAAUUUAAUUUGCACCUAUAAGCUUAUUAAUGAAUACAACAACAGCAACAACAACAACAACAACAACAACAACAAAUUUUAUUGAAAAUUGGAAAAUAACUAAUUACAUUACUUUCCCACCCUCAAAUAGCUUAUAAACUAAUCGAGGCGGGGGGAGCUGAAGACAUAUUACAAAACAAGAUUUAUUUAUAGAUGGACUAAAUAACAGUGAAGACACGACUAUACAGUAAAUAGAAUUUAAACUAACAUAAAUCAAGGCAAGUACAUAACGAUAACAAAGAGAGGCUAACCUAAAGUAUGAAAUAACUUAAUAAGACGGGAGACUUCGACAUAAUCAUCUUCUGACCGCAAGAAAUUUAGUAAUAAUUCCUUUAUUUUUUACGAAAGGAUUUGAAUCAAUCAUUAAGCCGAGAUAUUUUACAUAAUCUUUCAUUUCAAGGUUUGCGUAGGUGUUAGUCACGGAGUCAAGAAUUCUAAUCCUAGGUAUGAAGGGCAUAUUCUUUUGCCGGGGACGAAAGAUUACAAAAUAAGAUUUUUUUAUGUUCAAAGACAGUUUGUUGGCCUUUAGCCAUUCGUUGACAUGGCCAAGCUCGCGAUUAACAAGUGUUUCGAGUUCCUUUAGGUUGUUAUUUGCAAGUAAUAUACUAGUAUCGUCAGCAAAUAGAUAAAAGGCAAAUAACGAAGAGGACUUGUAAAUAUCAUUGAUGUACAGUAGGAAUAAAAGUGGUCCGAGGACUGAGCCUUGUGGCACGCCGCCGGUCUCGUGUAGAUACGUCAGAGAUUGAAAUAUUCCUGUAACAACCCCUCGCGGCUUGAAUAUAGCAACAAUAACCCUCGACCAAUCAGAGCGCGCAAAUCUCUAUAUAAUCACCUUUGGUAAUUAUGCUUAUUGCCGAUAAUGCUAAAAGGCAAAUAACGAAGAGGACUUGUAAAUAUCAUUGAUGUACAGUAGGAAUAAGAGUGGUCCGAGGACUGAGCCUUGUGGCACGCCGCACAAGGUCGUCUCAGCCUCAGACACAACAUUAUUAACUUCCGUAGUUUGCUUUUGAUCAGUCAGGUAUGAUCUGAACCAGGAGUUGAUUACACCUCUAAUACCAUAAUUUUCAAGUUUAGCUAACAAAAUCUCAUGGUUAACAGUAUCAAAAGCCUUCUUGAUAUCGAUGAAAACACCGCACGAAAAUUUACCGUUGUCCAUAUUUUGGAGAAUUGUGUUAACAAUAUCAAGUAUAGCAUGCUGAGUACUGUGCUUACUGCGAAAACCGUACUGUUGAUCAUAGAGAAUGUUGCAAUCUUUGACAAACUUGGUAACUCUGGAGUACAUAAGUUUUUCAAAAAUCCUGUUAUAAAUCGAGAGCAGAGAAAUAGGUCAGUAGUUUUCGGGCAGAGUGUCAUCUUCGUCCUUAAAUAUCGGGAUAAUCUUAGCACACUUUAGACACUUUUUUGACCUCUGAGAGUUGUGAACUUAAUCGUUGCAGCUCUUUGUUGGCAGUGGUUUUGAAGAGAAGAAAGUCAUCAUACUCCUUGCUUAGGAAUUCAAGGCUGUGAGAUUUUUCUUUAGCAGAAGGGGCGGCACUGCUGCUUUGUUGUUGAAAUAAAUCUUUUAGUCUUGAAAUCUCCUCCGUUAAUGUUGAAACUUUAGAUUUGAGAUCGUUAUUUUCUCUCUUUAGGUUGGCAAUAGACUCAGGCAAAAUAUGACACACGAAACAAGAUAACGAAACAAAACGAAAAAAGUAGAAUAAACUCUUAACGCUUAAAGCUGGUGAAGUUUUGAGAAACAAUCACAAGUUGACUCAGCUCUAUGUGAGUUUUCGUAUUAACGAUAAGUUUUCCAUUUAUGACAGGUUUGAAUAAAGUAGAACAAUCAAGGAAUGAAGUUGUAGACUUCAAAGAGAAAAUAAAAGUUUACAAAGAGUCAGAUUGUGCUCCUCCCUGUAAUGGAGCUUUGAGAGAAUUUCAGGUCAUUGAUAUUUAAUUACCAGCAGGCAUCGACUAUAUUUGUCAUAUACAAAAGUUUAUAAUCUUGUGAGCUGAGCUAAGGAUGAGUCAUAAAGGGAAACAAGUUUGCAAGAAAGAAGAGAAUUCGAAACCUUAGUGCUUGUUUUGUGUUCUUACAGUUCUUAUAGUAAGUGAAACCUAGCAAGACGUAACAAGAGAAUUAACUAAAAGGCGAUCAUUCAAAGAAAAAUAAAUAGAGAAUAAUACAUGGUCGCGCGGAGAUAUGGAAUUUAUCUUCGAGUGUUCACAUCGAUAUCGAACGAGUGAGCGCAGCGAACGAGUGAGAUAUCGAAUGUGAACACGAGAAGAUAAAUUCCAUAUCUCCAAGUGUCCAUGUAUUAUUCUGGUUAUUAUAUAAACAUACUGAUGACGGCGUUUUCGAUGAUUUUCCGAAGAUUUCCGACCACCUUCCGAAGAUUUCCGAAGAUUUUUCAAAUUGUCCCGAAGACCAGACGAACGUUUCCGAACAUUUUCCGAGAAUUUCCGAAAAUUUCCGAAGAUGUCCGAAGAUUUCCGAAGAUUGCCGAGCACUUUCGAGGAAGACCCGAAGAUGUUUCGAUUAUACACCAACGAAUUUAAGUACAAUUUAAGAGACAAACCUGAUGUCAGUGAAAUUAUCGAUAUCUUCACAUGUAAAAAUAUCGUAUUUUUACGUGUGUUCAGAUACCACAUUUCUCGGUGGUAGAAAUCCUUGUAAAACACUGCAGUUUAUAUAAUAAAGAUUAAUAUCAAAAUGUACCCACUGAAAUUGGAUGCCCGGCUGAUUUCUUGGAACUGAUCACAUGUCGAUAAGCCGUCGUUCAUUUCUGUUUUCGCUUGAACAUGUAAGCAUUCGAAUUGGAAACAACCGUUCUGCUUCGUACGUGCAUCUUCUUUUGCUCAUAGCAAAAAAUGUAAGAAAAAUUACAAAACUGUAAACGAGAAUUGAAUGAAGUAUGAAAUGACCUACCUUCACGUUAAAUGGGAAUCUUAAAUAUUCAGAAACCACCUUAUAAAAACCUGCAAAAUGUAGGGAUCAUUUAGAACAUCCUUUUGCAAACGAUACUAAUUUAGCAGAGCUGCUUCGUUCGUGUGUCUUCUUUGUUUCAUAGCAAAAAAUAUAAGAAAAAUUACAAAACUAUAAACGAGAAUAGAAUAAAGUAUGAAAUAAUCUACCUUUACUUUAAAUGGGAACCUUAAAUAUUCAGAAUCCACCUUAAAAAUCGCCAAAAUGUGAGGAUGUUUUAAAAAUCUUUUUGCAAACGAUACUAGUUUAGAUCCCAGACCUCUCCCAUCUGUUCACAUGCGCAGACGUUGUUCAGCUCUGUCGGUUUCCUCCAAUCUGCAAUCCAACCAGGCACAACUUCUAAUAUCGAUUACACCGGUCACAAACUAAACUACGGUUUUUUUUUAAUUGCGCCGUUCGCGAGGUUUUUGAAAUCAAUUGUUCUGCCACUGUAUUCGGCGUUUCCCACACUUUGCUCUUGGUCUCGUGUAGAGACGUCAGAGAUUGAAAUAUUCCUGUAACAACCCCUCGCGGCUUGAAUAUAGCAACAAUAACCCUCGACCAAUCAGAGCGCGCAAAUCUCUAUAUAAUCACCUUUGGUAAUUAUGCUUAUUGCCGAUAAUGCAUGUUCAUACGUUAAUGAGUUCUUUCUCGCCCUCGCAGAGACCGUUGCACGAAUUUUACUGGGAAAAAAAAUUGGGUGAGCCACCUUUUCCUACAUUUCCUUGUGGUUCGGAUAGAAGGGUGACUGCGUCACCAUUUUUCGACAGUCACAAUAGACAAACACCUGGCCAGGCCAACUUUUUUCGUAUAAAGACUUUAGCUCGCCCCUCCGGUAGAAGGAUAAAUAAUUCCGUGUUUAUAAUAUGGCCAGUGCGGGGGUUUAUUUGCCCGUGAAGCAACCACACCAAUUUCUAACCCUUUAUUAACAUUGAACAUUUAUUUUUAGGGGUAUAUCGACCAAAUCAAGUCAGAAUGGCAAUAGAUCUGCAUUACUACAAAGGGGACUGCACAACAUUACAGGCGCAAAGGCAAACAAAACAUAAUUUCAUUCAGAUGAUAAAAGGGUCCAGACUUUGGCAGACUUGCCAAGAUCCCGUAUUUGGUAAUAGAUGCACGGCUGACAACACGAAAGUCACAUGUGCUAGGGUGCCAGCUGUUAUUAAAAGAAAAAAACGAUCCUCUGGUAAGUUGCUGCCGGGUCAUGUUUGUACAUGAAAAGUCCUUUUUUGAGGUCAAAGAAAAAACGCUAUAUUCGGGGAAGGAGUAAAACCUUUAAAUUGUACUUUUAUAUUCUGGUUUUCAACUGCAUCUUUAAACGACUCCUUUGGACUUCGGGGAACAUUAAACAAAAACCAACAGAGGACGCCUCUUUUAAACGUUAUCAUGAAAGUAAACGCGGAAUGGUCUUACAAGCUGAUGCCAUAAUCAUGAAAUGGUGAAUAAGAGUCGGAAAUAAGAACGUUUUCUAACACGCUUACUCUGGCCCUUAGUCUGCUACACAGCUGUUUUCGGUGUCGUCACACGACGCUAAAACGGCUAUGUAGCAGACUAUCUGGCCCUGAGGAGCGAGCAUGAUUUAAGGUGGCUCCCUAGAGUAAAUUGGCCGUGCGCAGCCUGAGCUCUAGUAUGGCGCGACUUCCACGCAAAAAUAAAACAAACAUGGCUUCUCAGUUUCGAAAUAUUCCCCCAAAAAACUCUAUUAACUUUCUGUUGAAGCUCAUUGAGCAAAAAGUUUGGUUAGUUUAGGUCAAACGUUUAUGAGAGGAGACAAUGUUACACCGGUUACAAGUCACUAUCGAUCUCCAUAAGAGUAAAGUGUAUGUAUAAACAAAGUAGAAAUUUUCCAAAGACAUCAAUUCUUUCGCUUCAAAAGUGGACAAACGUAAACUAGUCGAAGUAAAUUCUGAAUGGAAAUUUUACAAAGAAUACAAAGAAGUAAGUACGCUAUCCCUAAAGGAAGCAAUGUUGCUGUUUCUAGUCUUUGGUUCACGGUCAGCGGAAAGAUGUGAAAGAUCUAGCCAAGUCCUGAACAAACACUGAAGAAUGUCUUCACAGGCGGAGCUCCUUGGCUUACAUUUGAUUUGAUUAAGAAAUUCUAGAAGUGGCUUUAAGGCAAGAUUGCAGGCAAGCGGUAAAUUAUUUUUUUUUGCCGACUCUAUCACAUUGUUUUAAAAAAUUAUCAGCCGAAAGGUUUCCUACUUAACUUGCAUCCUGAUCGAAGGAACCUUUGCAUCGACGAACCAACAUCCUUGUACUUUUUCUUGUUUCAAGAGUCCUUUAACGCUCAAGAUGCACUAGGAAAUGUUGUUGCACGACGAAAAAUAAUUUUUAAGUCACAGAUUGACCCUUGACGAAAGCAAUGGUAAGUUGUCCGUCGAGAACUACGACGUGCAGCUGAGGACGUGAUGUACGUACGUUUUUUAGAUCGGCACCAUCUUUCACAGCAGACUUUUAAAGAAAAACUUCGCCGUCGAAAUUAUCCCUAAAGAAAAACAAGGUUGAAAAAGUAUCCGGAAGUGGGCUGGCAUUUGAAGAUCUGCAGACAUUCGUUACAGCUGAUUAGGAAAUGAAGGGCUUAUUGCGAUCCUUGCACAACCACCGUCUCCAUCUCCUUCGAUGAUCGCCAUCCGCACAAUUGACCACCGCGGCUCAAAUUUUGGCUACAAUGGUCAAGUAUUUCGAGGAAACAUCCAGUGUUACGUAUAAAAUUGAAUCCGCUCUCUCUCCUUUUUCAACUGGAGAGAUAUCACCGUAAUAAUACUAAUUAACAGCUUUAACAAUGGCUUUCGUACUUUUCGAAGAAACCACGUUUUCAUUUAUGUGCAUUAUGCGUAUGCAGGCGUAAUGGCUCGCGCGCGUAUUUUGCUCGCUAACCCGAACCACGCGUGUUUUUCUGAUUUUUGUGACGUCAGCGCGGUUACUUAAUCGUGAGUUUCUCACGCUUCCUUCGGUGAAUUUUUUUAAAAAUCGCCUCAUUUCUUAACUGUUGCAGUACCUUUAUACCGUCCUUUUUUUGUUAAAAUCUGUAAGAGCUAAACUCCUCUAAUUUCAAAAUAUUGGCAAAACGGUCUUAACGAACCCAUGUUUUUUCCACUUUAAAAUGUUAAGCAAUAUCGUUAAUAUAAUGUGGCAAAGUUUAAAGACAUUUCACCGAUGGAAACAAGAAAUAUUAAGAAAAUAUGAUCAAAAAUGACAAAAUUACUGCCUGGCUUAGGAUGCGAUGUUGCCAUGGCAACGGCCUUAAUCCAGAAAAUGAAACUUGACAAACGAGCCUUCUUAUAUGGGUAACCUUAGCGGUGAAUUUCGUGAACAAAAUCGCAAAGACAAAGUAACUAGGUUUCCUUCUGUAACGUAUCCUAGACAGCUAGGGUUAUUAGUAAAUAUUCUAGGGAGCCACCUUAAAUAGGUUUGGGCUUGGCCUAAAAAGGCACUUUAGAUCCAAGCCAAAUUGAGCCUCCAAUCCAUUUGCUAUACUUAGUUGUUCCAUUUUUUAAAUCUGUUAUUGUCUUGUCGAUAGUCGCUCUCCCAUACACUGUAAUGAAAACUUACGUAUACCAUCCUGUUUCUUUGAUUGCACGAUGUCUUAGUCAAUGGAAGGACUCAACGACCACGACUGAUUCUCCAAACAACAAUCAAUUUUGAUAUGGUUGGUAAGUAGAUGUUCCUUUUAAUUUUGUCCAAUGCAUAGAUGUACGUGUUGC